AUGGGCAGUGAACUGCUCACAGCAACGCUUGCGGCACCGGUGGAGCCUCCGUUGAUCCCAUCCACGACCACUACCACCACUACCACCGGCAACGGAACCACCACCAGAACCAUCACAACAAUCACCACCACCACAUGCUCCUCCUCUGCCGCCGAUGGCACCACUACCACCACCACCACAACCACCACCACCACCACAACAACAACAACCAUCACAACCACCUCCAACGCCACAACCAUAUCAUCCCUCUGUGAUGAUGACCUUCGCGAGAUCUUCCUCCGCCUCCCGAACCUCCCGGCUCUCAUCCGUGCGGCGCUCACCUGCCGCUCCUGGCUCGGAGCCAUCCGCUCUUCCUCAUCCUUCCGCCGCCUGUUCCGCGCCCUCCACCCGGCGCCCCUCAUUGGGCUCUUUCUUGAAAUUGACGAUGCUACCACCCCCUCCUUCGUCCCUCUGCGCCGGUCAGAUCCCGACGUCACCGCUGCCCUCCGCCGCGGGGACUUCUACCUCACUUCCCUACUCAAGGCUGGCGCAUCCUCGGCUUGGAGUAUCACCGACUGCCGUGAUGGAUACAUCCUCCUAUGGAACAUGCUCGAUAAGCCGUCCGUCGCCGCCGUGAACCCCAUGACCUGGGCUGUGGACAUCAUCCCGUUGCCCGACGGUGUCAAGGCCGGGAGACGCCGCAAUUUUGCCUACCUUGGCUUCCACCUGCUGUGUUCUGAUGAGAACCCCUGGUCGUUCCGUGUGGUCUGCGUCUGCUCGGAUCAGCGAAGGAUCCGCGUCGCCAUCUUCUCGUCGGAGACGUGGGAGUGGGUCGUCCACCCGUGGGUACACACUGGUGGUGACUGCAGCCUAAAGUUUGGUGCUGGAAUGGUGGUGGAUGGUUCUGUUUACUGGCCUUACCAUGGCCAAGGACGAAUGAUAAAGAUCAACGUAGCGACCAUGGUUAUCACCACUGUGGAGCUACCCUUGCAGGUGAUGUUGGAGGGGUACAAUUUCAUGGCCGGGGAGACUAAGGAUGGACAGUUAUGCAUUGUCUAUGAAUCUGGUUUCUUCCUGCAUGUUUGGAUCCGUGGUGUGGACGGUUAUGGACUUGAUAACUGGGUGCUGCAUAACAUGAUACCUUUGAGUGAAGAAAUCGACGAGAUCACUCAGGGGUUCGCUCUGGAGUUGCAGGGUGACCUCAAAGUUGUGCAGGUCAGGUUUGGAUACGUCUACUUGUCCACGACAUGCACGACCCCUGCCGGCACGCUCCACUGCUGGUUCUUCUCCCUGUCAUUGGACACCUUGGUGCUUGAGUUGCUCGUGGAGGGGAAAUUUAAUGGCUGUGCGCAUCCUUAUAACAUGGCCUGGCCUCCUUGUUUGGUUGGUGAUGAUGGGAGCAUAGGGCAUGAAGUUGAAGCUUCUCACUGA